UCUACCGAGACGGAGAACCGAAUCUCUCUCCGGGGACAGGUCUUCGUGACAAUUGCGGUCAAUCAGGCUGGCACUGUCAGAAACGUGACUGCACGUUCCCAGUCGGAAGAGGUUGAGACGCUCGUCGGCGACCGAGCGGUCCAGACGUGCCUCGUCGAUCUUCUCAAAGAGAAGCAUCGGAUCUGUGCCUGCGUCACCUGCCAAUUCUAUCAGGUUGUAAAGAGAUAUAACGAUCCUUCGGUUGCAGAGGCAUAGAUCAUUAACGAAGGAUCAAACCAGAAUCGAGAUAUACCCGAGGAUUUCACUAAAAAUCAAGAACGUGCAACUGAAUCGGGGAUAUUUUGGUCGGAGAAAAAGUUCCAAGAGAGGGGAAAAGUACACUGUGAUCCACGAAACCUAAAUACCGAGCUAAGAAUAUUAACUACUGUACAUCGUGUCAUCUUUAGCUCCGACGAGCCUGCGAGAUCGGCCUGGAGAACCAAAGAAUCCAGAUCGUGCCUAUACAAGAGUCGCACGCUUUGGCUGGGACAACCACGGACAGGUCACCUGCUAUCGACCGAUCGAUUGCAAUUACUUUCGGGACAGAAAGUAAAGAAAAACGAGGAGGAAAAAAAGACGCACAAAGUGCUCGUGGACGGGCAUCAAUGCAUCCCAGACAGUGGGAAGGGUUGAUUUUGCCGAGAAGCCAGCAUUGUCUCGAGACGGUGGCCCGUUAUCGUCUACGGAGUAUUUCAUGAUCGUUUCCCCAUGAGAGAAACCAGCUACGCUAUCGUCGUUACGAUCGUCAUCGUGAUUACAUCUCACCUGCUACGUCCGCGACAUUGUCCGGCGUUGUCCGAGAAAAAGUGCCAGACUGUGAUACUAGCCCGUGUGAUAGAGAAAUCGCCUUGUGAUCCGUGUUUUACCUCAACAUACUCAAUGUCCGCGAAUCGAUUGAACAUACUUGUGACCCUGAUGAUCGCCAUCGCGUUCCUUGCAACUGAAUCAGGAAACGCACAAGCGGACGGUUAUCCCCAAUUUAAUCCGAAGCGACCCACCAUGAGCGUGCCGCAGAAAUAUUGCGGCAAGAAGCUCUCUAAUGCUCUACAGAUAAUCUGUGAUGGCGUGUACAAUUCCAUGUUUAAAAAGAGUGGUCAAGCCCGGGAAGAAGCGAGUACCGGCCACAGGGAUAUCAACUUUGACUACGUACGCACCCAAGAAAUGGAGAUGGCCGACUAUCCGUUAGCUUACGAAUUUCCCCCGUUCCUGCCCCGAGCGAGAGCACGAGGGAUGCUAGAUGGACCGUUCGCCGGCAGACGCUAUCGAAGGCAAUCGCGAGGCAUCCACGAGGAAUGCUGUCUCAAUGCGUGCACGAUAAGCGAACUGUCCAGCUAUUGCGGUCUGUAAGCGCGCGUUCGGAAACCGGUAAUCCCUUCGACCUCCGCUUUACCGCUCGUUCACCAUGCAACCGAAUAAUCUUAGACACAAGCGCGUAUAUCCAUAUAUUUACAUACAGAACAUACACACAUAUAUACACACACACACACACACAUACACGCAAACACACACACACACAUGCACACACCACAUAUGUGCAAUACAUAUUUGGAAAGUUUACCAGUUGCGUCAUCGUUCAUGCUGGAGACUGACUCGUGAUAAUUAUGUAUACAUUUAUGUAAUUUUAUGCGGAGAAACUGAUUUCUCUCAACGCAUGAUCAUGUGCGGAAUUGUAUUAUUUUCUUCAUGAUUUUCUAAGGACAAAGAGAUAGCGAGGAUAAGACAAAACUCGAAAGAGACAUAAAAUCUUAAAAAUGAAGUAUAAAAUAACCAGAAAUCUUAUGUUCUUCAAAUUAACUACAUCUAAAAUUACUGUCUAAAAUUAUAAUAAUUUUUUUUAUGACUGAAAAUGUUUUUUAUACAUUAUAAUUAUGUGGUGACAGUCUAUUAUUGUAGAUAAUUUAGAAACAAGAUCUAUUUAGUCGGAUUUAAGUUUCUUUGGUUUUUAAGUCCCGAUAUUUAUUCGUAUAUUUUAUAUAACUCUUCCUUCGCUUACUUUGCCUUUCUGUGACCAUGAAAUAAUUAAAGCAAAGUUCUCGAAAUGUCUGACAAUGUGUUAUACGUACAAAACAUUUUACAACCAAAAUUAUUUUACUUAAAUUGUUGACAAUUUAUUAUAAUAAAUUGAACCAGAGGUAUUAUGCCCCAAAAUUUCAUCUUGUUUCUGUAAACAUGAUCCUUUCGCUAUAAAUGUGCACAUUGAUCAAGAGCUUUGAAUCACGAUUUAUAGAUAAGCUAUGAUAUACUAUUGAGAAUGUGUAAAAGAUUAAUGAUUUCUCGAAAGGCGUCAAAUUGCAGUGAAAUUAAAUAUUUAUGGAGCGUACAGCUUAUAAUCGUCCGCGAUAUUUAUCAUAUACUUUUUACGAUCGAAAGAAGUAGCAUCAAUGCUCAUAUUUUGUGAAUCAGUCUGCGAAAGUUAAAUCGGGAAAAAGAAUUAACGUUAAAAAAAAAACAAGAAAUCAAUCGUGAUCUGUAAGCACUAUGUAUAUGUAUAUCUAGCGUGCGAUCUCAUAUAAUUAUACUGGCGAUCAUUGUGCGACAUAUAUGAAAAAUGAAAGACGCGCAUGUUGACGAUGGUCACGCGACUUUAUGCUUACCUCGAAAUCGAUCUUGGACUUGGAUAUUGGCUUGUAUUUUUUUAGUUUGUAUUUUUUUUUUUGUCGAACAACAUCGAACGACGUACGUAAUAAAUGUUUUUAUUUAUAUGUACGAGUAAUUGCGCCUUUCUUGUUUUGACCGACGAAGGUUUUUUACGUAUACAUUUUACAUUUCGACGACUCUACAAAGGCGUGCAUCGUUGGCAAAUGUUCUGCUCGUGAGCUAAGCGUUGAAAGAUUUGUCGCGAUUAUCGGAGGAUACAGUCUCAACUUGCAUAGUUAUUUCUGACGCGCAGAAGAAAUAGCUCGAUAGCCAUUAAUUUCCUUGUAAUAACUUCCUCUCUUUUUUUAAUAUCAAACUCGAGAUCCGUUAAAUAACGCGAAAAGGAUCAUCAUCAUGAAUGUCAUGGAUGUCGUGUUUACUAUUUUACUCUGUAGCUUGCGUUAUUUUUAAUCUGCCAGAGGCUGUGACAAAUUUCAAUGAGUACUCCACGAUUAUAUUCUCUGCGCGCGCGCAUAUGGUGAUAUUAUUCUUAUUCAUAGAACAUGUAUACAAUGAUAAUGUAUCCUAUUCUCGAGGGAAGGACCAAGAUAGAUUGCGCUCGCGUAAAACGAUCGGAAAGCUCAGAUUAUGCACAUCGAUGUAUCGCUUGUAGUGAAAUACGUGAGUAAGAUCGGUUGAUACGGCGAUCUAAAUGAGUGUUUUUGGCUAACUAGGUACUUUAAGCCGUGCAGUAAAAAAUAAUCUUAAUGAGACAAUAUAUAUUAGUAAAACGAUAUAAACAAUAUGUAUCAGUAAAACAAUAUAAUAAGCCAAAAUUACGAAAAAGUUUUAUGAUUAUUUGAUGAUCGAUUUAGGUUGAACCGCGUGACAAAAAAGAAUGACGAAUAAGAGAAAAUAAUUAUUGUAAAACGAAUAUAGGAUAUUGUUGUGAAGAAACUGCGAUAAAUUAGCGAAGCCAUGAAUCGAAUGUCGUGAAAAACUACAUUCGCCGAACAUUUGUUUGAAAAGUUUUAUAAUGAUAUCAUUUUUUUUUUUUCGCUGAGACAGUGUUAACUUUUGUAACGUAUUGAGUGAUCUCUAAAUCGCAUGUCAUUAAUCUCGUCACGCACAUUUAGCAUAAGAGCAUGUUCCAUUCCGAGUUAUAUUGUCAUCACCGAAGAGUUGUUUUAAUGCUUCUCCUGCGCGAUUAACUAAUCUGUUUAGGUAAAUCUGUAAGCAGCGAAUCUAAUUUUUAGCUAAUCUCGAGUAAAUUGACGCAAUCUAUUUCGUUGCGAUUCGCGAAGGAAGUUCGGUAACAUGCAAAUUCGAACGAGUACAUUCUCUUCGUCUAAUUUUUAUAAUUUUUACAAAAGAUGCGUUAAUAAUUUUUAAUCAAUAUUUUAUAAAUGAUUUAGGUUUUUUUAAAGAAAUAAAAAAAAGUCGAAAAAAUUGGCUUUAUUCUUUAUAAUUUUUUUAAUCUCGACUAAAAUUGAUUAUUUGAUAUUUUCCUUUCGAAUUUAGAAAGUCACCGAAUUUUUCUUAUAAUCAUAAUAUCAUUUUCAUGCGCGCUUCUCAUCUACUCGCCGUUGGAUCUCUCGUGAAUAAUGCGACAAAAUGAAUAACCGUCAAGGUCAUAAGUUAUUGAUUAGAUGAGAGUCAUCGUAAUCACAUUUAUCAUGCUCAUCAUUUCAAGAUUAUGUCCUAUUUGCCGCGUUAGCGACGUUAUGAUCAUUUUUAUCAUUUUUCAUUCUCUCGUCAUUCCUUGUCAUCGCCAUAAUAAGAUGUGAUCUGUAUCGCUAAUGUUGCUGCCAGGCUUGCUUCAGUACAUUUCGACCGCGUUUCUCGCCUGCUACUUUCCCUUCCCUUUCAUCUAUCCUCGUUUCAUUUUGGCAAUCUCCCUCAUGCAAUGAUUGUAAUAUAAUGUGGAAACAAGUAAGGGUCGAGACACACGAUGAAACAGCGAAAUCAGAUAUAAACAGUAAGGGAUACAGUUUACAACAACGUACAGCAAAAUAACCACAUUUAUAUCAAGUAAUCGGUAUCACAAGAGACAUACAAUUAAAUAUGUACGAAAAAAAAAAAAAUCAAACAGACGGAUAACUUCAGCGAGAUUGUAUAGAAAAGGAUGUUCGAACAUGUGCGAUGCAAAAUGAAAUGAAAUCUAUUCGGAGCAAAUAUUCGUUUUUUAUAUUUGUAUUAUUUAUUGAUAAACAAUAUUUAUGCUAUUCAUUUUGUGUCUCGGUCCUGACACGUCGCUCGAUCCUAUGCGGAAACGCGGUAGUGCUUUUUGCUGCUGCGACUGCGAACGAGAGACAGAGAUCAGGCGCUCCGGCGAGAGGAGC